AUGAGUCAAAUUGUGUAUCAAUAUGGAAAGCCAUUCAAUGAUGAAGAAUACGAGUACAGACAAGUGAUAAUCAAAAAGGAAGCCGUGGGGUUGAUUCCCAAGGGGAAACUAAUGAGUGAAAGAGAGUGGAGAAGUCUGGGAAUCCAGAUGAGUCUAGGGUGGGAACAUUACCUGGAAUAUAAGCCAGAGUCGAAUGUGUUGCUGUUUCGAAGACCCCUAGGCACGGAUGGAACCACAGGACUGGUAAAUGUGGAAAAGGCAAAUAUGUUGAAGCGCCAAUUUCGAAAGGAAUACGGCUUAGAGGACUAA